AGCGAAAGCAGACGAGCACAAUAAAAGAAAAAAUAAAAAGAGCAAACGAACGUUAAAAAGCGUAGAACAAGAGCAAGAGUGAGAUCUUGGAUAAACCACACACACACAAACGACGUGAUAAGCAAGAGGAAACGGGCCAAGAAGACUGGAGAUUGAAGAGAAAGUGAAAAACGACGACAACUAAUUCAAAGAAAACACACUCCGUCGACAGUCGGAAUUUCAAAAUUAUAUUUGAAAAUUACUCGAAAUUUGAAUUGGCACUAGAGGAGCCGCCAACCCCCCUCCACCCGCCACGCCACCCACACGGCCCCCCAAACAGCAUCUAACGCAGAAACAUGAAUGCCCUGCUGCGACAUAAGGGGACGAAUUCGAAUUUUGUAUUUGUGAACUUCUAUAAGCGAUAUCUUAGAACGUAUUGCCGAGCCUGCAGUUCGACCAAGUACACAGAUCACCUGCCUCAUAAUGAUUGCUCAAGCGGUGGAGAAGUUCGACACUCGAGGCAAACGCUAAGACGAAGGUCCCUUUCGUCCAUGGCAUUCGAAUCGUUUGGUCGCUAUCAUCCCCAGCAUCAAUAUGGCUAUCAUUUUUCUGGUCAUGGCUUCCGAGAUUUUCAUUCAUCUCGAUCCCUUUCGGAGUCGUCGAGUUCGAAAAUCGAUGUUACCGUUAAAAAGUUGAAGAAUCAACAAAAGGAAAAAGUCGAGGAGAUUAUGAAGGAGGUGGCUAAUGGUCAAGGAGCAGCUAAAGUGACAGCAUCAGCGGCCGCCACAACGGCUGUAGAGGCGGCGACGGCACAGGAUAAUACAACUGGUGAUGUUGCUAGCUCAGCCAGUGGAGGAGCAUCAGCUUUAACGCAAACUAGUGAUAAGGCUGUGGCCAAACCCAAGAAACCACUUAGUCAACGCAUUUGGGAGGAAUUGGUUCACUAUUAUCAUGGUUUUCGUUUGCUAUUCAUCGAUGUGGCCAUCAGUUCAAAGUUAUUGUGGCGCGUACUCAAUGGCAAGACAUUGACAAGGCGUGAGAAUAAGCAAUUGCAGAGAACCACCUCCGAUUUAUUCAGAUUGAUACCAUUUUCGGUAUUUGUUAUUGUGCCUUUUAUGGAGCUGCUAUUGCCGCUAUUCAUUAAAUUCUUUCCGGGCAUGCUGCCCUCAACGUUCCAAACGGCCAAGGAUCGACAAGAGAGAUUAAGGCAAUCGUUGGCCGUGCGUUUGGAGGUGGCGAAAUUCUUGCAAAAGACUCUCGAUCAAAUGCCAGUGCAACACAAGGAACACAGCAGUGAGGAGGCCAAACAAUUUGAGGCCUUCUUUCGGAAGAUACGAAAUCCCAAUGAUCAUGUCAGCACUGAGGAGAUUAUAAAAUUUGCCAAGCGUUUCGAUGAUGAAAUAACUUUGGAUUCCCUAUCUCGGGAGCAAUUGGCUGCUCUGUGUCGUGUUCUGGAAUUAAAUACAAUCGGCACAACGACUUUGUUACGAUUUCAAUUGCGUUUAAAACUUCGUUCUUUAGCCACCGAUGAUCGGGUUAUUGCACGCGAAGGCGUCGAUUCAUUGGAUUUAUUUGAACUGCAACAGGCCUGCAAAUCUCGAGGCAUGCGUGCGUAUGGGCUGACGGCUGAACGUUUGCGUUUCCAGCUCAAGGAAUGGAUUGAUCUUAGCCUAAAUGAGCAGGUGCCGCCCACAUUGUUACUUCUGUCGCGGGCCAUGCUCAUUUCUGAUGAUAGCAUCACCACCGACAAGCUGAAGGAGACUAUGCGAGUGUUGCCCGAUGCCGUUGGUGCACACACCAGGCAUGCCAUUGGCGAGAGUGAAGGCAAAGUGGAUAAUAAGACGAAAAUUGAGAUCAUUCGUGAGGAGGAGCGCAAGAUUCGUGAGGAGCGUGAGGAAGAGCAUGAAGAGACUAUUGCAAAGCGUACAGCAUUGAAGGAUGAGCAACCGGCUCCCUAUGUUUUUACCGAGGAGCUGGUCAAGGCCCAGCAUACACUUCACCAGGAGGUGGCAGCAACACCCGAAACGGACAAAGGUAUAUCAUCCACCGAUGUGCAACUGUUGUCCGAUGCCCUGAAGACCCUGUCCUCCGAUAAACAAUUGGUAGUGGAAAAGGAAACUAUUAAGGAACUGAAGGAAGAGCUUCGGGACUAUCAGGAAGAUGUCGAGGAGUUGCGUGAAGUACGACAAGUGGUCAAGGAGCCAGUGCGUGAGAGUCGUGCUGCAAAGUUGCUGUACAAUAGGGUCAACAAAAUGAUUUCACAAUUGGAUCAUGUGCUAAAUGAUCUAGAGCACCGCCAGAAGCAGAUCAAACAGGCAGAUGUCUCCGAUAGCUCCAAUGUAAGUGGUGUUCCUACGUCUCAACCCGUAGUUGGUAUUGAUGAGUUGGUGGCUACCAUUAAACGUAUGAAAGAAACCUCCGAUGGUGAACGUUUUAAAGUUGUCGAGGAUUUACUCGUUAAAUUGGAUGCGGACAAGGAUGGUGCCAUUUCUGUUCAUGAGAUAACCAAGGUGAUUCAGAGUAUAGACAGUGAGGCCGUCAAUAUAGACAAAAAGCAGCUGGAGGAGUUCACGGAACUGCUCUCAAAACAGGCCACCAGGCGGCGCAAUGAAGAAAUCGUACGCAUUGAUGAUCUCAUGCUGAAUAUCAAGAAACUCAAAGAGACAAGCGACGAGGCACGUCUACGUCAUAUCGAAGCCGUUCUGGAUAAAUUCGAUGCCGAUAAAGAUGGUGUUGUUACUGUUAAUGAGAUAAGAAAGGUAAUGGAAUCUAUUGGUCGCGAUAAUAUUAAACUCAGCGAGAAAGCUAUUGAGGAGCUCAUUUGUCUGUUGGAUAAAGAGCAAAUACUUGAGGCAGAGCAAAAGAUCGAAAAGGCCAUUGCCAAGAGUAUGAAGGAAGCCGAAAAACUGAAAGCGGAGGUUGUAAAACCGGAUAAGGAUACGGCAAAAAUUGUGGAUGACAUACAUGAUUCGGCCAAAGAGAUUCACGACAUUGCCACCGAACUCGGUGCUGUCGAAUCACCCGCCCAGGACAAGGCCAAGGUGUUAAAGGUUGAGCCGGAUUCCCAAGACAAGGCACCCAAUCUGUUGGAUAAUGCCAAGGAUUUAAAUAAUUCAACUCCCCCCAAGCCAACGGAUAAUAAACCUAGUUCUGGUCGUCCAGCAUCCACGACAAAGGGAGCCACCGGCAGCAAUCAGUCAGGCAGCGGAGGGUCGAGUAGUAAUGCAAACUGCUCCAGUAGUAAAUCUCCUACUGCAGAGAGCAAUUUACGUGAAAAUCUUCUCCCUUCCAGUAAUAUAAGUCUGCCACCUACGAUACAACCGUCAACGACAUCUACACCCAAGAAGCCACCGACCACAAGUGCAUCGGCGAGUAUUUCGGCCACAUCAUCUAAUUCCGGCGCAUCAAAGAAAUUGAUCUGACCAAGUCAGAAGAAGAGUCUAUGCGGUGAGGUGAAGGGAGGAAACGAAUCCUGAAGCCUAAAAUGAUGAUGUGUACCUAAAGCCGAUGUGUGCUGAAAAAGCUCUGUGUGGAAGAUGUUCCAAAUAAUAGAAUCGAUUGAUUGGUUGUAUGAAAAUUUGUUACAACUUAGAAAAAGCUGUUUAAGCCCCUUUACGAAAA